AUGCACGCUGCCCCUGGUGGGCCUGGCCAGGGCCGUCAUCGCUCCCUGGAGCCCCGGGCUGCCCAGCCUCGCAGGAAGGGGGUCCUCUUUGUGCCCCUCCCCUCCCCUGGCUGUGCAGCCAGCGCUGAGCCGCUCCCACCCUCCUUCCAGACCGAGAGCACUCAUGAGGAGCACUGUGCGGCCUGCAAGCGAGGAGCCAACCUCCAGCCCUGCGGCACCUGCUCAGGGGCCUACCACCUCAGCUGCCUGGACCCACCCCUCAAGGCUGCGCCCAAGGGCGUGUGGCUCUGCCCCAAGUGCCAGCAGAAGGCCUUAAAGAGAGACGAGGGGGUGCCCUGGACCGGGAUGCUGGCCAUCGUGCACUCCUACGUCACCCACAAGACAG